CCUCGGAAGCUUUGGCGGCUGGGCGGGGGGUUUUGCUAGUUUCUACUUGUUCUUCUAGCAAAGGCGUUCUGCUUUCUCGGAGACUUGCCGGCGGCGAUUAUAAGAAACGCGUAUUUCCGUUCAAUAUGCAGGAACAAGAAGAGAAAGAGAUGGUAACGCCGGGAGAAAUCUUGGGAACGUCUUCGACCUUGAAGGCUGGAAAGGGUUCGUAUGUCGUACCCCAAUCUGACGCUGUCUUUGCUUCCCUGACUGGCUUCCGCCGCAUCAUCAACCCUCCGCAUGAUUCUGUCGACCAGAGACCAACUGUCGAAGUUAUUGGUUGCAAGGACUAUGGAGUCUUUCCUGAGCCUGGUUCUACUGUCUUUGCUCGUAUAACUAAAGUGAUGGCUAGAAUGGCUUCAGCUGAUAUUAUAUGUGUUGGCCGCAAAUCAGUUAGAGAGAAAUUUAGUGGUGUCAUCAGGCAACAAGAUGUUAGAGCCAACGAGAUUGACAAAGUGGAUAUGCAUGCAAGCUUCCGUCCUGGUGAUAUCAUCAGAGCAUCAGUUCUCUCCCUUGGUGAUGCCCGAGCAUAUUACCUAUCAACUGCCAAAAAUGAACUGGGUGUAGUUUCUGCAGAAAGUUCAGCAGGUGUGAGUAUGGUACCAAUUAGCUGGACCCAAAUACAGUGCCCUGUCACGGGGCAGACCGAAGAGAGAAAGGUGGCUCCAGGUUGGAUCUUGAUGGAGAAAAAACAAACCUUAGGUUAGAGUCGCCUUCUGGAAGAAAGAUCAUCCUCCUUACAAGCUUCUAUUUUUGUUUUUUCAGAUUUAGUCACUUAAUUUUAUUUGAAACUAUCAACCACAAGAAAACAAGUUUAGACUUCAAUGAAUUUUGUCAUAACAUUCUUGCUUGUUGAAUUGAUGAUUGUUAAA